CAACAGCUGAGAACUUCCAAGUAAACAAUACAAUUACGCCGUGCACUUAAGGAUUGCAUUGGGAGUGCUCUUUGGUGGGCAGAUCUCGAAAUCGGAGGCGGCAGCAUGUGUACUCUGCAUCCCGAAGAGGAAGCCCACCUGGCGGCAAUGGCUAGCGGUGUGCCAAAAACCCGCACACCCAGUCCAAGGCCACUUUUCUCCUCUUCCCCCCCGCGAUCACUUUUCGAUGUCUGUUGGGACGAUGUUCUUAUACCGAAGGUGGCCGUCUACUUGUCGCUAAAGGAUCUCUUUAACCUGCGCUGCUGCUCGCGUACUGCGUAUCGGUUUGCAGAGGCUGCCCUGGAAAAGAGACAGGUACUUCAUUUAUCCGGAAAUAAUACAAGCAAUAUUGAUGUGGGCUUUCGAGUACUGGCCCGCUGUUGCCAAAGGCUGGAGGUGCUUCAUUUGGCCUGCUGCCGAUGGCUGACGGAUGAACUUCUGCUGCCAUUGUUGGCUAACAACAAAAAGCGUCUGUGGGCCGUCAACCUCAACGAGUGCGUCAACAUUACGGCCCUUUCGCUGCAGCCAAUCAUCGUGGAGUGCAAGAAUCUUCGCGUUCUGAAGCUUUCUAAGUGCCAGUGGUUGACGACUGGAGCCGUGGACGCUCUGACACUGCAUCAGAGCAAGCUGGUGGAAUUCGACAUCUCUUAUUGCGGGGCCAUUGGAGAGCGCUGUUUGAUCAUUUUCUUCCGGAAACUUAAUAAGCUCACCGUUCUGUCGCUUGCGAAUACUCCCAGUGUGACCGACCAGGUGCUUAUCCAGAUAGGGAACUAUUGCCGCGAACUGGAGCACAUCAAUCUGAUCGGCUGUGCAGCCAUCUCCGACUAUGGAGUGCACGCCUUAACCCAGAGUUGCCCGCUGCUGCAGUCCCUGAUGGUGCAGCGCUGUCCACUGGUUACGGAACGGGUGCUUGCUCCACUCCGUGGUCGUGUCCAUAUAGAUCGUCCCGGCAUGGGCUACAUGCCGACCGUGCAACACCACCGCCUAUUCCUUCAGGUGUGAGAUUUACUCUGAUUCCGGACCAAUUAACCCAAUGUACCAAGGAGGCUUUCGAGGCUAUCCAAUGUUUUUGCUGUAAAUACAUGCCUCAGCAUGGACGCUUUAAUUUAACUUUUAGCUUAAUCUUACAAAUUGUUAACAUUAAUUUAGGCUGUACAAUAAACAUAUUAUUCAUCUUUCUCUCCAAAA